AACAUGCGUUGUAGCAACACGAGUCCACAACUUUUACUUUGCUUGAAUCUGGCAAAAAGCUGAAGAGAUUCAUAAAUCCCUUAGCUACAGCAUCAGAGAUUGAGAUAUACUCUCAUUUAUAGCUGCAACUUCUUAAAUAAAAAAACUUGCAAUAGAUCAUCUCCGGUUGUAAUAAAAGAUUUUCACUUUUUAUUUAUUUAUUCAGGAUUAGUAAAUUACACAAGUUAACCCAUUUGCUCGCUCAAAUACCAGAUGCGAUGCGCGGGAACAAAACGAUUAGAAGAGCUCUGUGCUCACAAUCAACAUUCAUCCUUCAAUGGACUCAAACCCAGAUUCAACGCCAAAAAGGAAUCAACUUUUCACUCUUCAGCGAAGAGAACUCAAACCCAACUCCAGAAACCGCAGAGCAAAUCAGGAGACGAGGAUAUAAAACAAUGGAACGUAGCUAUAAGCAGCUACAUGCGCAACGGACGCUGCAACGAAGCCCUCCGCGUCUUCGAGCGCAUGCCCAGGUGGAGCUCUGUAUCUUACAACGCAAUGAUCUCGGGCUACUUGCGAAACGGCGAGUUCGAAACCGCCCGGAAGAUGUUCGACGAAAUGCCUGAGAGAGAUUUAGUUUCGUGGAACGUGAUGAUCAAAGGGUAUGUGAGGAACAGGAGCCUCGGGAAAGCGAGGGAGCUGUUCGAGAGGAUGUCGGAGAGAGAUGUUUGUUCGUGGAACACGAUGUUGUCUGGGUACGCUCAGAACGGGUGUGUUGAUGAGGCGAGGAGGGUUUUUGAUCGGAUGCCUGAGAGGAACGAAGUGUCGUGGAACGCUUUGCUCUCUGCUUAUGUUCAGAACGGGAGGAUGGAGGAAGCUUGUGCGUUGUUUGAGUCGAGAGAGAGUUGGGCUUUGGUUUCUUGGAACUGUUUGCUUGGUGGGUUUGUUAAGAAGAAGAAGAUUGUUGAGGCAAGGAAGUUUUUUGAUGGGAUGAGUGUGAGAGAUGUGGUUUCGUGGAAUACUAUCAUUACUGGUUAUGCACAGAGCGGGAAGAUUGAUGAGGCGAGGAAGCUGUUUGACGAGUCUCCGGUUAAAGAUGUUUUCACAUGGACAGCAAUGGUUUCAGGUUAUGUACAAAACAAGAUGGUGGAAGAGGCGAGGGAGUUGUUUGACAAGAUGCCUGAGAGGAACGAAGUUUCAUGGAACGCUAUGCUUGCGGGAUAUGUGCAGGGUGAGAGGAUGGAUAUGGCAAAGGAACUGUUCGAUGUUAUGCCUUUUCGUAAUGUUAGUACAUGGAACACGAUGAUAACUGGAUAUGCUCAGUGCGGGGAUGUUUCCGAAGCUAAGAGCCUUUUCGACAAAAUUCCUAAGAGAGAUCCUGUCUCUUGGGCUGCUAUGAUUGCAGGGUACUCGCAAAGCGGACACGGACAUGAAGCUUUGCGGUUGUUUGUACAAAUGGAGAGGGAAGGCGGGAGGUUGAACCGGUCUUCGUUCUCGUCUGCUCUAAGCACGUGUGCAGACGUUGUCGCUCUUGAGCUCGGGAAGCAGCUGCACGGGAGAUUGGUUAAAGGUGGGUAUGAGAGUGGGUGCUUUGUUGGGAACGCGCUUUUGUUAAUGUAUUGCAAGUGUGGAAGCAUAGGUGACGCCAGUGACUUGUUUGAGGAGAUGACUGGGAGGGACAUUGUCUCUUGGAACACGAUGAUUUCAGGUUAUUCAAGGCAUGGGUUCGGAGAAGAGGCUUUAAGGCUCUUUGAGUCGAUGAAGAGAGAAGGACUGAACCCAGAUGAUGCUACUAUGGUUGCGGUACUAUCUGCGUGCAGUCACACAGGACUUGUAGACAAAGGCAAGGAACAUUUCUACACGAUGACUCAAGAGUAUGGUGUAACACCAAACUCACAGCACUACGCUUGUAUGGUGGAUCUUCUUGGUCGAGCUGGGCUUUUAAAAGAAGCUCACAGUCUAAUGAAAGCAAUGCCCUUUGAGCCAGACGGUGCAAUAUGGGGAACUUUACUUGGUGCAAGCAGAGUCCAUGGAAACACAGAGCUAGCUGAGAUAGCUGCAGAUAAGAUUUUUGCAAUGGAGCCUGAAAACUCCGGAAUGUACGUUCUUCUCUCCAAUCUAUACGCUUCUUUAGGUCGAUGGGGAGAUGUAAGUAAGCUGCGAGUGAGGAUGCGUGACAAAGGAGUCAAGAAAGUAACAGGGUACAGUUGGAUUGAGAUACAGAACAAGACGCAUACAUUCUCGGUUGGGGAUGAGUUCCACGCCGAGAAAGACGAGAUCUAUGCGUUUAUGGAGGAUCUUGAUUUGAGGAUGAAGAAAGCAGGGUAUGUUUCGAAGACGAGCGUGGUUCUUCAUGAUGUAGAGGAAGAAGAGAAGGAGCGUAUGGUUAGGUACCAUAGCGAGAGAUUGGCUGUAGCGUAUGGGAUAAUGCGUGUGCCGCAAGGGAAACCGAUACGUGUGAUAAAGAACCUGCGUGUGUGUGAGGAUUGUCAUAGUGCCAUCAAGUGUAUGGCGAAAAUCACAGGGAGGGUGAUUAUACUGAGGGAUAAUAAUAGGUUUCACCAUUUUAAGGAUGGUUCAUGCUCUUGUGGAGACUACUGGUGAAGUUGAUGAUGAUUCCAUUUCAUAUGGCCAGUGACCAAACAAGAUUUUAGUAACUGAGAUCAGAUAUUUAUAAGGGAAAUGACUGGUCUUUUGUUGUGCAUGGUGUGUCAAAUAGACACUUACAUUUGUUUUAAAAUAUCUAAUGAAAAAUACUGUUUUUCAUA